UCAAUGAGCAGGAAGUAGUCACUAUUUUUUAGCCCUGUUAGAGCUGUUUGAAGAUGUCUCUUUUAGAAUGUCUUCUCCAGACAUCGAGCACAGUGACACUGCUGGGGGCUCUGCUGUUUCUGCUGGCCCUUUACCGCCUCUCCUCUGGUUCCAACUCUGAGGAACAGGGGAAGCAGCCUCCAGGACCCAGGCCUCUGCCCCUGCUUGGUAACAUGAUCCAGCUGGAUCUCAAGAGGCCAUACCGCAGCCUCUGUGAGCUGUCCAAGAAAUAUGGGUCUGUUUUCACGGUUCAUUUUGGACCCACAAAAGUGGUCAUCCUGGCAGGAUACAAGACGGUCAAGCAGGCGCUGGUCAACCAUGCAGAGGAGUUUGGGGACAGGGGCAUGCUUCCUGUGUUGUAUGAUUUCACCAAUGGACAUGGUAUUCUGUUUGGCAAUGGAGACUCAUGGAAAGAGAUGAGGCGCUUUGCCCUGACAAACCUUAGAGACUUUGGGAUGGGCAAGAAAGGGAGUGAGGAGAAAAUCGUAGAGGAAAUUCAUUACCUGAUUGAAGUGUUGGAUAAACAUGAGGGUAAAGCAUUUGACACAACCCAGCCAUUGAGUUAUGCUGUCGCCAACGUAAUCUCCAACAUUGUGUACGGCAGCAGGUUUGAAUACUCUGACUCCAAGUUCCGAGCCACAGUGGAUCGAGCCAAUGAGAACCUACAAAUUGCAGGCUCCGUUUCAGUUCAGUUGUACAACAUCUUCCCCUGGCUGGGCCCUUGGCUGAAAAGCAGGAAGCUUUUGUUGAAGAAUAUUGAGAAAAACAAGAAGGAGAUGGAGGAGCUGGUGAGGGGGCUGAAGGAGACUCUCAACCCUCAGAUGUGUAGAGGCUUUGUGGACUCGUUCCUUGUCCGAAAGCAGACCCUGGAGGAAUCUGGCAACAAGAACUCUCACUACCAUGACAACAACCUGAUAUCCUCUGUGACAAACAUGUUUUCUAAUGGUACUAACACCACAGGGACAACGCUACGCUGGGCUUUGAUGCUAAUGGCCAAGUACCCUCUUAUACAGGACCGGGUCCUGGAGGAGAUCAGCAGCGUCAUAGGAAGUCGUCAGCCCUUAGCAGAGGACAGGAAGAACCUGCCCUACACUGAUGCAGUGAUCCAUGAGACCCAAAGACUGGCCAACAUUUUACCCAUAUCCGUCCCUCACACCACCAGCCGAGAUGUCACCUUCCAGGGAUAUUUCAUCAAGAAGGGGACGCUUGUGUUUCCUCUACUGACGUCUGUCCUACAAGACGGAAGCGAAUGGGAGAGCCCACACACCUUUAACCCCGCCCACUUUCUGGAUGAGGAAGGUCGAUUCACCAAGAGGGAUGCCUUCAUGCCCUUCUCUGCAGGUCGUAGGGUGUGUCUGGGUGAGGGUCUGGCCAGGAUGGCGCUCUUCCUCUUCUUCACCUCCCUCUUGCAGCGCUUUCAUUUCUCUCCUCCUCCUGGAGUAACAGAAGAUGAUCUGGACCUCACACCAUCCGUGGGGUUCACCCUCAAUCCUUCACCUCACCAGCUCUGUGCUGUGAGCCGGACAGUUCCCAGUAAAAUCCUGUCCUGCACUGGUCAAGCCUCUGAACACCUCAACUCAUGCUACAUACCCUCAUUCAAUCACUGAUGUGAUCCCAUUCCAACAAUAUGUACAACAUGUUCCCCUGGCUGGGUCCAUGGAUUAAGGACCGGAUGAGUUUGAAGAAGAAUUAUGCCGAUAUGAAGGUGGAUGCCACAGAGCGAGCAAGGGGCUUGAAGAACCCUCAGAUGUGUGGAGGCUUUGUGGACUCAUUCCUAAUACAGAGGCAGAGCCUGGAGGGGACAUCUGUGAUUCCUCUAUUGAUGUCGGUCCUGCACGACGAGAGUGAAUGGGAGAGCCCACACCUUUAACCCCGCCCACUUUCUGGAUCAGCAGGGACAAUUUGUAAAGAGGGAUGCAUUCAUACCCUUCUCUGCAGGUCACUGUCCUUUCCGGCAAAGUAUGGCAUCAAGAAAUGGGUGGCCUGUGACGCACAAUCCAGCUACCCUUGGAAUGUAUGCACACAUGACUGUCACUGUCCUUUCCGGCAAAGUAUGGCAUCAAGAAAUGGGUGGCCUGUGACGCACAAUCCAGCUACCCUUGGAAGAUGCAAGUCUACAGUACAUAGGGAACCCGACCAGUGGAGGCCAGGAGAAGAACCAGGGGAUCCUGGUUGUGCUUGAUGUGACAGAUGGACUGAGGAGGCACAAUGUCACGUGUGACAAUUGCUUCACCUUUUAUGAACUCAGCCAGCAGCUCCUGAAGAGGAAGAUCACCAUGGUUGGCACAGUUAGAAAGAACAAGCCUGAGCUCCCUCUACACUUCUCACAACAAGGGAAAGCGAGGCCUUCUCAUCAAAGUUUGCGUCCAACCCCACCACCACUCUAGUUUCUCACCUCCCAAAGAGGAAUAAGAUUGUGGUCCUCCGGAGCACAGCCAUCAGCCUGGACUACAACCACAACAAAGGAGGCAUGGACAACCUGGGCAAGGUGUUUAGUUAAGUUUAGUUUAUUAAUUAAAAAACAAGCACACAAAACUUAAAAGCCAUACUUGCACAUUAAUAAAAUAAUCGAGGAUAACACACAAUGAAGCCUGGGACUUAUUUCCAUUGUGGUCCUCUUGAGCCAAGAUGGCUAGACAAGAUCAAACACAGUAUGGCAGUCAAAAACAUAGAAGAAGAACAUUAUCUCAUCAUUCCAGUUACAUCAUAGGGGUUAUUCAUAUGGGCACAGAAGACAUCAAACAUAUUUUUACUUUAUGUUUAAAGCUGUCCAGAGGGGACGUUGUUUAGAUAGGCAGAGGCAACUCAUUCCAUUCUGAGGCUCCAGUAUACAAGAAAGUACCUUCCCCAGCAUUACUACUACCUGUAUUAUUACUACCUGUAUAAGCACACAUCAGCAACACCUGAUCUGGUGCUGGGAUUGUGUGCAUCCCUAACAUGAGGAAAGUAAUCACUUAGAUAUCUGGGCGCAGGACCAUAAAUACUCCUGUAAACCAAACCUAGUCAAAUCUGGGACACCCUAGCCUCAACAGGCAGCCAGUUUAGUUUCUGAAAGCAGCUCCUGCCUAUGUGAGAACGUGGACUCACCUUCAAUACUACCCUGAUCAGCUUAUUAUGGGCAAUCUGGAGCUUCCUCUUCAUAAGUUUAGAUAAGCCCCAAACCAGAAAGUACUAGCAUAAUCAAAAUGGCAUUGAAUGAGGGCAGUAGCUAGCACUUUCAUGGAGUCCUUAUCAAGCAGCUUGGACUUUCUAGCCAAAAACUUAGUCCUGGCAACCUUCCCUAGCACCUUAUUGGCCAUGCUCACACCUCCCAAGCUUCCAUCAAGGAUACAUCCCAGGUAGCUAACAGAGGUUUUAGUAGUCAGCACCUCACCUCCUAACUCCACUCUGAUUUCAGACGACCUACACACUUUAGGUCUGGAUCCAAAAAUAAUUGCUUCAGUUUUCCCUAAGUGCAGAGAUAGCUUAUUAUCUUCCAGCCAUUUGCUAAUGUUAGUAAGCUCUGAGCUAAGUAUGCUCUCCAACAUAGUUUUACUUUUGUGAGACACCAGAAGUGUACAGUCAUCCGCAUAAAGAAAAAGACGGUAAGAACAAGCAUCUUUCAUAUGGUUAAUAUACAAUAAAAACAGCAGAGGCCCAAGCACGCUCCACUGCGGAACGCCACAACUCAUUGGUUUUGCCUGAGACGGUGAACCAUUAACCUCUACUGAUAAAUAGGACUUCACCCAGCCUAGAAGAGGGAUACUGCCUCCAGUUUGGAGAUUAGGAGACAGUGGUUAACUGUAUCAAAGGCCUUCUGUAGGUCAAGCAGUACCAUUUCACACAGAUUUCCCCCAUCAAUCUCUUUCCUGAUGAAGUCAGUCAAGUAAAGUAGACAUGAAUCAGUGGAGUAUGUUUUUCUAAAACCUGACUGAAAAUCAUACAUUAGACCCUGUUUGUUAACAUAUUCAUACAUUUACUCAUGUACAACCUCUCCAGGAUCUUUGAUGUUACACAGAGGAUAGAUACAGGCCUAUAAUUCCCAGGGUCAGACUUUAUCCCCUUCUUAUACAGAGGUAUACCUUUAGCUUGUUUCAUGUCCCUGGGAAAGGUGCCUUGUUCAAGAGUGAGAUUAAUAAUAUGCGUAAUACAAGGGCCAAUUUGCUCAGCAGAAUCGAUUAGAAACCUUGCAGGAAUAUUAUCCAGGCCUGUGACUUUGGAGCAUUUAAACUCUGCCAGCAUACUGACUAUUCUGGCUGUUGCUACCUUUGCAAAAUAAAAAGAGUUUGGCUGAACCCCUAACUCCACAUAAUACGUAUUGAGUUGGUUGCUUCCAUACAAACCAGAACUGGUGGGCAGCUUGCUAACCAGCUUGCUGGCAACAGAAGUAAAAUAUGAGUUGAGUUCAUUGGCAACCUCUGCUUUUUCAUAUACCAUCUCCCCUUUGAUGUUCAGUCCAAUACUGUUGAAUUGUUUUUGGUAGUACUACUACAGCCUAGUUCCUUAAAUGAUUUCCAAAGCUUUUUAAGGUCAUUUUGGUUUCAAUGAUUUUGUCAGCAAAGUAACCCCUCUUACCUUCAUCCAUCCUGCUCUGUGCUUCAUCCAUCCUGCUCUGUGCUUCAUCCAUCCUCCUCUGUGCUUCAUCCAUCCUCCUCUGUGCUUCAUCCAUCCUGCUCUAUGCUUCAUUUCUGUGACUUUUAUAUAGGACAAAAUCAUGCUGCUCUUGUGCAUUUUUGAAAGUCCUUAUUCCUUGCUUGGAUAGAUUCUAGAAUCUCAUGAUUAAACCAAGGGCUAGAUCUCUGCUUUACCCUGACCCAUCUAAUGGGAGCCAUCACAUUCACCACAUCGAGGAAUCUACAUUUAAAGGCUUCCCAGGCACUGUCUUUCCCUACACUAUCGAGCACAGGUGACCCAUCAAUUUUACCCACUUCCUACUAAACUUUUCUACACAUUAUUAUUUGAGUCCUCAGAUUAUAACGGUUUUGUGACACUUAAAUAUAUCAUUAAAAAUUCUCCUUGUGCAAAAUGUAAUAAAAUGAUCACUGAUUCCAUAGACUAUUACUCCACUCUGCGAUAUUUUUGAUUUAUCAGACACUAAUAUUAAAUCAAUUGUACUUUGCACUGUUUCACAUAUCCUGGUGGGAUCUUUUAUCAUUUGGGUCAGAGCAAGUGAUCUACAAAAGUGCAUAAAUACAUUGUGGGUUGGGCUAUUCUUUUUGCAGACAUCAGUAUUGAAAUCCCCCAACAAAAUGAUUUCCUUCAACAGGGAAUCAUUACAGUUUGACAACACAAUUUCAAGACCAUAGAAUGCAUUCUGCUUGGGAGGCCUAUACCACCCCCAACAAAAUUGGCUUGGUUUUGGGAAGGCAGAUAUCCAGCCAGACAAUCUCCAGAUCAGUGUUUUUUUAUUUUUUAUAUUUCACCUUUAUUUAACCAAGUAGGCCAGUUGAGAACAAGUUCUCAUUUACAACUGCGACCUGGCCAAGAUAAAGCAAAGCAGUGAGACACAGACAACAACACAGAUUUACACAUGGAGUAAACAAUAAACAAGAAAAUGACUCAGUAGAAAAAAGAAGGUCUAUAUACAGUGUGUGCAAAAGGCAUGAGGAGGUAGGCAAUAAAUAGGCCACAGGA